AGGUGAGCUUUACAUAACAUUCAUAUGUCACCGAACCCAAGGUUCUACAUAACUUGUAUCAAUCCAUUCAACGUUGCUGUAAACUGACCCGCUAUCUUCAAUCAAUCAACCUACCUACAAUUAAACAAAUCCAACCUUGCUUGAAUAUUGAAUUGAAUAUCCCUCCCCUAUCGUGUGGAUUUCUCAGACCUCGUUUGUCCAGCUGAGAGAUAUCCCUUCGGCUUAGCCUCUCUCCUCUCCCAACCUCCAACCUCCAAACACCGAGUCUCCUCUCUUCUCCCCAUACUCCCUCCAAGAUGUCGCAAGUCCACGCCUUGUCCGACGACCAGGUCGGGCAAGAGCUCCGCAAGAUGACGGCCUUCAUCAAACAGGAGGCGUUGGAGAAGGCGCGCGAGAUCGAGAUCAAGGCGAACGAGGAGUUCAGCAUCGAGAAGUCGAAGCUGGUGCGGCAGGAGACGGACGCCAUCGACGAAGCGCACGCCAAGCGCCUCAAGCAGGCCGCCAUGUCUCAGCAGAUCACCCGGUCCACCGUCGCCAACAAGACCCGCCUCAAGGUCCUCGCCGCCCGCCAGCAGCUCCUCGAUGACAUCUUCGCCGACGCCUCCAAGCGCCUCCCCGACGGCGCCAAGGACCCCGCCAAGUACCGCGAGAUCCUCAAGAACCUCCUCCUCGAAGGCCUCUACGCCCUCGUGGAGCCCGAAGUUCAGGCCCGCGCUAGAAAGGCUGACUACGACGUCCUCAAGGACGCUAUCAAGGACGCUGAGGCCGAGUACAAGACUAAGACUGGCAAAGAGACUAAGGUUACGAUCGAUGAGGAGAUCGCGUUACCCGAGGAAAGCUCCGGCGGACUAUUAAUCGUAGGUAGCCAAGGCAAGAUCGAGAUCAACAACACCUUCGAGGAGAGACUGCGGCUCCUACAAACCAGCGCUCUCCCCGCCGUGCGAGAGGCGCUAUUCGGCAAGAACCCCAACCGAAAGUUCUUCGAUUAAGAAAGGGCGGGCGAGGGGAUAUCAUUAUUACAUCACGUCAAAGGUUUUACCAGCUUCGCUCGCGAGCGGUACAUGUCAUCGUCAUCAACAACAAUAACUACGCUGGACGUCGGCAGAAUCAGAGAAGGAAGAAGAAUAGAUAAGAAAGGAAGGAGAUUACAUAUGUAUGCUUAAACAGCGUCACGCUUGUUCUCCCCCGUUUUUUUAAAGGGUCUCUUGUAAAGGGAUAGUCAAGUCAAGUCAAGUCAGUCAGUCACAUUUUUGGGGGGCACGGAAAUCUAGAAUCCCCGUGUUGAUUAUUUGUUUGUUGGUGCUCACUAGAAAGGGGCUGCUUGCUUGCUGUAUAUCUUAAAAGGGCGUUUGCAGGAAAGUCCGCAUCAAUAAAAAAACAACAACAAAAACAACACACCAUUUUUAGCUCACCAUAUUAUCAAUUAACUACCUGGUAGGUUAGGUACUCUCUUACACAACGUUCGUAUCGUAUUAUCCUUCUAUUUUUCCCACUUUCCUAUUAACUUAGGUAGGUAGGUUAGGUAGGUACCUAGGUAGGCACCUACCUAACC